AUGACCAAUAAACCCGCACAAUCGGCAUGCAGGUUCUCCACCCGCAUCUCUAUCCGAUGGCUUCCUGAGGCACCCCAAGAGAACACAGAUACGAUUGUCAUGUCUGUCAAGGACUGGUACCUUGAUCUGCGAAUGGAAAAGGACACUGGGAAGAUUGACUGGGCAAUCGCGGGACAACGUAUCGUCGAGAGCAAGGAACCGUUGCGGGUCUCCUUCUCCCAUGAGCUCGACUCCCACGAUGCUUUCGAGAGCAUUGAUUGUGGAACCUUUGUCUCACUCCCGAAUGGAGACGAUCUUGAAACGGGAACUAUGCCUCGUCCUGACAUCCCGGGAACUCCUGAGACUGAGUACGAGGAAGUAUGGCGAGAGCUGCCAUUCAGAGAGGGACCUGAGGGUUCUCGGAAAGGUCUUUCGUGGGUUCUCGAAUCCGCUGAUGAGGAUGUUGAGAAAGAAGGCGAGGCCACAAUCACCAAAACCUUUAUCGGUCGCAUCUGGGGAACGUAUCUAGCACUUCAGCAGGUUCAGACUCUCAAAAGGGAGAAAGAUUCCACAGGAAACAUGGUCGUGAAGAAGUCGGGCGCUGAUGUCAGUGCACGGAGAGAGGAGUGGGACUCAGGAUGGAAGGUCAAGUACGCAGUUGGCGGGUCAUCUGAUACGCUGCCUUCCUUGUUAGGUGGGCUUGAAAAGGAAAUAACAGGCUCUUUGAAAGUCACAAGGGAGAAGGUUCUCGUCCAAGGAAAACCGUUUGUUGUGCGAGCAUAUGAAGAGAUAUGA